CGCAGGGGGAACCGGAACCGGAGCUGACUUUCGGCAUCUAUGCUUCCGGGCCGCGUGCUAUUGGGGAACAAGUAUUUGGUCGGGCGGAAGGCUGUAGAAUAAGCUGAUGCAGAAGGGUGUCAACUUAACGUUGCGGAAAGUGCUGGUCAAUGGAACCUGCGAGGCAGUGAAGCCGAUUUCACUGACGGAUAUUAUUAUGCUUGUGAAUUCAUCCGUUUCGGCAGUUUUUUAGGGGGAGUUUUUAUUUCAUUGAAACCCAUCGGGAAUUUCGCGUUAACGUUCCGUAGUGACUUUUUUACAUGAAUUCGCCGGUAACUUUUCUCCGGUGUGUAGAUUCCGAUGCCGAUAGUCCGGAAAAAUAUUCAUAAGCUGCAAAUUGUUCGGAUUUUCGAAAAUACUAGAAAAGGAGGAAGCAUUUUUGCGAGGGAACUAUUUUGAAUGUUCCAUGGGGUCCAGAUUAGUGGUUCCAAAAGAACGGCGCACAAUGCGGCCAAAAAUAUUGCUGGCCCGCUGUUCCGAGGUUCAUCUUGGAAUCAGGAGUUGGAACUAAAUCUAAAUUGGUUUAAAGGUAUUUUUUUAUCAUUUCAGCAAGAGGUUAAGAUGAUCGAAACGUCCGGUUCGAGCCAUGAGUUGAUACCGUCGUUCCGGGGAUAGUUUGUGCUCGUGUUGAUGCUCGUACGGGGGAUAGGACGCCGCACCAACACCGUCCGUUGCCCACAGGGUGACUGCGCGCGAACAUCCUCCCGGCCCUUGAGGCGGAUGCCUCAAUCCAUCGGAAGCGGGACCAGCUUGUGGACCGGCCGCUGAUACUCCUUCUCUCCUCUGCGCACGGUGACGUUGCGAACGACGCCGUACGGGUCCGGAUGUGCUGCGACGAUCCUUGCGAGCUCCCAGGCCGCAGGUGGCGUGUUCUCGUUCUUGAUCAGGACCAGCUGUCCCGGAUACAGAUUCUGCUGCACCGUUUGCCACUUGUUCCGGUGUUGGAGUGUGGCCACGUAUUCGUCACGCCAGCGUGCCCAGAUCUCGUUGACGUGGCGCUGAAUCCGUUGCCACUUGUCCAGACGGCCUUCCUUGGUGUGGCUGAUGUCCGGUUCCGGCAGCAGGUUGAGCGGCUGGUUGAUGAUAAAGUGGCCCGGCGUGAGGGCCUCGUACGAGUCAGGCGACGCAGAGCUGGCACAAGGGACGCGAGUUCAAGCACGCCUCGAUCUGCGUCAAGACGGUCGAAAGGUCCUCGUACGUCAGCGCCGUGUUCCCGAGCACCACUCGGAGGUGCUUCUUCAUACUCUUCAACGCCGCUUCCCACAUUCCUCCCAUGUGGGGGGCGGAUGGAGUGAUGAACGGCGGAUGGAGUGAUGAAGCGUCCGACAGGUACUGGUUGACAGCUCCGUUGAACUCAGGUGACUGCAGGUGCUCUCGGAUGCGUCGGUCCGCGCCCACGAAGUUGGUUCUGUGGUCGGACCAGAUCUCGCUGCUUAUCCCACGACGGACGAACAUGCACUUCAGGGCGGUCAAGAACGCGCUCGUGGACAGGUCGGAAACGGCUUCUAGGUGCACUGCCUUGGUCGCGAGGCAAACGAGUACAGCGACGUAACCCUUCACUGUCUUGGCCGUUCGAAGGUUGGAGGUGCGUACGAGGAAUGGACCCGCGAAGUCCACACCGCAGUGCACGAAAGGACGAGCCGGGUUCGUCCAUACGGAAGGCAGGCUUCCCAUCAGCUGCGUCGCGGUUUUCGCCUUCAUUCUGCAGCAGCGCGUGCAGUUCGCAACGUAGCCACGCACCACCGUUUGGCAGCCAACGAUCCAAUAUCUUUGGUUGAGUGUGGCGAUCAUCUGACAGCAGCAAGUUCGUGUACCGAUGUUCUUUCGGGAUGAUCAUAGGAUGGCGCACGUCGUACGGCUGGUUGGAGUUCUGGAGUCGGCCACCAACCCGCAGAGUGCCAUCUGCGUCGACGAACGGAAACAAAGCCUUGAGCUUGCUGUUGCUUGGAAGCGGUGCAUUCUUGACCAGGCAAUCGAUUUCCGUCUGGAAGCUGUCGUGUUGAGCUGCUCGCGCCAGUUGCAAGCAAGCGUCGUUGAUCUUCUUUGGCGUCAGCGGUCCUUCCAGUUUGGGCGCGUUGGUGCGACGAACCCGAGAGCUGAGCCGCAGACGGUUGAUCCAGCACAAGAUGCGCCGAAUGUGAGCCAGAUCCGAGUAGCGGCCAGCUGGGGCCGUAAAACAGGGGGUGCAUCAGCAGCUCAAGCGGCGUGAUUCCCCGGGACGCGCAGUCGGCCGGGUUGUUCUUGGACGACACGUGGAGCCAGUGUUUGCGCGAC